CUGUCGCUCAUUGAAAUUGGAUCCUGUGGGAAACCAGUCUAACUUAAACCCAGCCGUUUCAACUGGUACUGAGUUCAUCAUACACAGUGUCGGGGACAUACAGUCCAGACCCCUGCCUUGACUCACAUAUGAAGUUAUAGCAGCAAAGAGUGGACCGACGUCAUAAUAAACCUGGAUUAAGGAUGGGAUGCGACUGAAGUGUGACUGUGAGUCAAGGCAGAGAGGAAUCUACACUCUGGCCGUGUGGAGAUGGAGCAGUGGAGAGAUGCAGAGAUGGAAAGAUCCAUGUUUCCCUCAGGAAGUAAGCCAUUUCUCUCAGAGAUGAGGAUCAUACUUUUAGGAAUUGAGGAAGGAGGUAAAACUUCUUCAGGGAACACCAUCUUAGGGAGAGAGGCAUUUGAGCUGAAGAAAACGGCUGAGUGUAUUAAAAAACAUGGAGUGGCAGUUGGACAACAGAUGACUGUUAUUGACACACCAGGAUGGAAGAAAGACUAUCUAGCAUCAACUACCCCAAAGCUGUACAAAGAGGAAAUGGUUCGUAGUGUAGCUCUUGCUCCCCCAGGACCUCAUGCUCUACUUCUUGUCAUUAAGAUUAACUGUCAAUUUGAGGAUGUAUGCAAACAGGCAGUGGAGGAACACCUACAGCUCUUUGGGGAGAAUGUCUGGAACCACAUAAUAGUGCUGUUCACCCAUGGGGAUAAGCUAGAAGAUAUCACCAUCCAACAGCACAUUCAAGGUGAGGGAGAACCUUUGCAGCAGGUCCUUCAAAAAUGUGGUAACAGGCAUCAUGUCUUCAACAAUAUGGAGAGGGAUGACCAUAGUCAGGUCAAUGAGCUGCUGGAGAAAAUAGAGGAGAUGGUAGGACUCAGAGGCCACCAUUUUGAGAUGGACAAAAACGUUUUAAAAGAAUUGAUUGUGAAAAAGAAGGAACAGGAUGAGAAGGCCAAAGAAAGGCAACUGUCCAAGUUGAUGGUCAGACCAGAAGAAAAUCUACGAUCAAAUACAGAUCUGAGAAUGGUUCUCCUUGGACAUCAGAAUAGUGGAAAAAGCUCAGUAGGAGACACCAUUUUGGGAGAAAACAUGUUUGACUUCGAACCAGUUAUUACAUCUGUACAAAAGACAUCAAGAAUAGCUAGGAGAGAGGUCACAGUCAUCGACACACCAGGCUGGUUAAAGCAUGGUCUUUUGACAGACACAACGAAAAAGUGUAAAUAUGAGAUUGUGCGUAGUGUGUCUCUGUGUGCUCCAGGACCACAUGCUUUCCUCCUGGUGAUACCUGUGGACACCACAUUCACAGACAGUGAUGAAAAAUCAAUCAUUGACCAUCUAGAGCUUUUUGGAGACCAGGUCUGGAGUCAUGUGAUAGUGGUGUUCAGCCAUGCAGACUGGAUGGGAGACACAGCCAUUGAGCUGUACAUAGAGAGUGAAGGGGAGGCUCUACAGAGACUUGUGGAGAAAUGUGGGAACAGGUACCACGCUCUCAACAACAGGACUACAGGUGAUGAAAGUCAGGUCAGAGAACUACUGGAGAAGAUUGAAUACAUUGUCAUAGUGAAUAGAGGCAGUCAUUUUGAGAUGGAUGGCAAUAUUCAAGAGAAAUUGAAAUGUGAAAGUUUGCAAGAUGAGGUGGAUUGCGGGGAGCAGAGCCAAAGAGCAGGAAGUUCCAAAAAGGGGAAGCCACCAGACUUCUGAAGAUGGCAGUAGGGAACACUUCAUAGGUGCAGUCAUGGUCAAAGGGCUAAAGCUACUGUAGGUGGAUGUCCAUGGCCUCAGAAAGUAAACACUGCAAAGAACCCAAAUCUUAACCAGUGUAACUGUAUUGAACAGGGUUUAUAAUGACCGCCGCGCAGUGAAGUAAGAAUGCAAAAUAAGAAUGGGAAUCUAAUUGUUAACUUAAAUAUCUCGACAUAAAUACUUAAAAUAAGCAAUCAUUUACCUAAAUCAAGACAUUUUAGAUCCCUUAGCUCCUAGAUUCUUUUUCUUGCUUCAUGCAAUCUCAACAAGCGCCAUUUUUUUUGCCAUUUUUGCUGAAAUUAAGUCAAUUUUCCACCGAAUUGUGAUUUUUGAAAAUCCUGCGAUUUAUUACUCCUUUCUGUGCACUUGACCAGGUGACAUCACCUGGAAGAACAGUUGGUUUAGAAAAUUGGAACAAAUAUGUAGUAGCACUUUUACUUGCUGAAGCUGGGAUGUCCACCUCCCGCUAUAGCAUCAAUCCCAAACAUGUGGAAACUCCCUCUGUGUUUCUUCAUGUCUAGCGGUCGAAAUUAGUUCAUCAAAAGUACAUUUAGUGAAGGUUCAAAAAUGUAUUUUUCAAAAGAUUAUUUGAAGUAAUGUGGUAGCCUAUAGAAAAAUGUACUUUAUUUCCCAUAAGAUUAUAUUGCUUCCUGGACAACAGUUUCCUCCUCAUCCCAUGUAUGUUCCACACUGUGUGGCAGUGUACUUUCACAAAAUAUAGACUGCUGAUAUAAAUUUUUGUCUUGCACAAACAUUUCUGUGUCUUGUACAAACAGUUUUUUGAAACAAUAUUGUUUUUCUUCCUCAGCUUUCAGUAAGUCUGUUAGUCUACGUCUUACGGUUUUGGUCUUUGUUAAAGAUGUGUUUUUGUGAAUACUGAGCAUUAUAUUUGUUCAUUGUCAUGAGGUUACUAACCACACUUCUAUGUUUUAUGUUAGCAUUCUUUUGGAGAGUUCAAUCUCUCAUGGUCAUAGGUUUGCAUUGACUGACACACAUAUGCAUGGUCCUCAGUUUAAAGCAACAUAUAUUGGCAGCGUUUCCCAAAUGCGAUCUUUCUUAAGGACUUAAGAAGGCUCCAAAGAAAGAAUCGCUAAGAGAGAGCGCUAAGAUACAGGUGUUUCCCAAAUGCAUUCUUAACUGCCUUCUUAGGAGAACCUUAAGAUCAAGCCAAAUAAGCUUCUUACAGUUUCUUCUGAUUGCUUAAGCACAUUUUUUGUAACUAUUGGCUAUUUUUGCAAAACUCUACAAACAAAUAACAAAACCUUUCAUCAAAUUAUCAAAACAUUGUAGUUCUCUUGCAAAAGCGAACACAGCUUGAUUAACUCUUCACACUGUUGUAAAAUUAGGGACUGGCCCUUUAAGCCGCAGGUUCGUAUGCGGAGUGGGAGGGGUAAGCGAGGAAGAGCGUGUGUGUGUGAGAGUUGUUGGAGUGGAUGAGAGAAAGACAGGUUACCGCGACCGGAGCCAUGUAAAUGACAUGUAUAUGGUUAUCAGUACUCAAAAUAAAUCCUCGAGUGAAUCCACUGUGCGGUUAUUAUCCAGCUGCUGUUACGAACUAAAGAGGGAGUUAACCCGAGUCCAUUUAGUGCCUCGGCCCUGGAGCAGCAAGUCUCCACUGAAAUCUCAGACUACGGUCUGAGACAGCAGGAAAGUUAACACUGGCGACCACGAAAGGGACUUUCUGAACGACGACAGCAGUGGUGAGCACACAGUGUGAAUAACCGGUGGGAUAAACCGGAGAAGUUAGCAUAACAGUGCUGUUUCUUAUACAACGCUAUAAAGCUAGCCAGAAUGGCAGCCUUCGAUCGGCGCCACGUGAAAGAAUAUAAACAAAGCCCACUCGGAAAAGUGACUAGCCAUUCUCCCCGUCCAAUGUCAUUCACCGAAAUGCACGAAGUUGAAAUACAAACUGACGGUUUGCACAUUAGAGAUGACAAUGAGGGGUACAAUGACCCUUUCUCAUAUGAUGGACAAAUUGGUGUAUUAACACAAAAUGAAAGUGAAACUUGCUAUAUACCCAUCAAGUUAUCAGACCAUAACCCAUUCAAAGCUGAUGUGGAGAGAGACUAUGGGACUGAUGUGCGUUGUAAGGAGUCAUGCUCACAUAUGCAUCAUUUUGGCACACCGACUAGGCCAUUGCAUGUCAAUGUUGCAACUCCCAGUACAAACCCCUUUACUACAGCUCACUCAGGGAGUUUCAGUCAUAGCACUCCCGCCUCCUACCACCCCCCACGCCCUGCUGGCCCACAGUCACGCAGCCAUUUUAGUAAUUCACAGAAGAAUGUUACUUAUACUCAUCCAUUACAGCAAGAUGAUAACACUGGAAUGCAAUUAGCCCCCCCUCACUCAAUAUAUGAACCGCAUAAGUCACGUGCGCGUGGCCAGAAUUCACGUUCUGUACACCACCAGGCUUCCUCUGGAAGUGAGGAUGACUAUGACUCCAGGGAACGAGUCCCCACCCUGCGUCCAGGCCAGUACGAUGGCACCGCUCCGUGGAGGGAAUUCCUGCAUCGGUUUGAGAGCUGUGCCAUAGCUAACCGUUGGACUGAGGAGACCAAGACCAUUCAGCUGAAGUUCUGCCUGGUGGGUGCUGCAGGUGCAAUUGUCCACAGAAAUCCACGGUCAGCUCAGUGGGACUACAGUCACCUGGUGGAGGAAGUUGAAAUGGCAUAUGGCCCAUCGUCAGAGCAUGCUGCUGCAGUGGCUAUUGAGUUGAGACAACGUGUCCGCAAACCAGGUGAAUCUCUCCAUAUACUAAGAGACGACAUAUAUGAAAAAGUGUCAGUGGCAUACAGUGAUAGGACCGAAAGAGAGCAAGAUGCCAUAGGUGUAGAGGUCUUCACUCAUGCUAUGGGUGAUAGAGAAAUUGUGCAGAAAUUAUUAGAGAAGCGACCACACACAUUAGCUCAAGCCUAUGACAUUGCCCGCCGUUAUGAAACCACUAAGCGGGCAGCGUCACAUGUCACUAGUCUCACACAAGCAGGGGCACGUGGGCUGUCUGAGCGAAAACCCUGUACGGCUGUUGUGAGAGAGGGCGACGAGAGAAGAGAAAUGGAUAUUGUGAGGGCCGUCCCAGAAGUGAGUUUCACACCAACUGCAGGCGGACGUCAACGCGCAUCAGCCCCACCAAGAGGCAAUAAGGACAUUAAGUGGGAAGAAAUCCGCUGUCAUAAUUGCACAGGAAUCGGCCACAUGAAGAGAAAUUGCCCCUCACCUAGGAAAACGACCAGAGGUCAACCUCCAGCUAUUUUCCGUGACAGUUCAGAGCCCACUGUGCUUCAUUUUAAAACACACAGUCAGGAAAUGACCAUUAAUCUGACAAUCAAUGGACAUGAUAUCUGUGCUGUGCUAGACAGUGGGGCGCGGAAGAGUGUGCUGCCUUUGAAACACUACAAUGCCAUCCACCCUGAUGUCCAGACCCCCCUUCAGCCGUCAGCAGUGAAGACGUUGCUUGGUGUUGGACCUGGUGACGUUCCAGUGGUCGGUGAGGUCCACAUUCCGGUACAGAUAAACAACCGACAGGUGUGCGUCCACUUCUUAGUGGCUGACAUUGCGAGCGAAGAGGCCCUCCUGGGUCAUCCGUUCCUCACCCAGGCUCAGGCGCGCCUUGAUUUUGGAAAUGGCCGCAUAAUACUGUUUGGAGAGGAAGUACCAUACUUCAACAGUGUGGCCACAGCAAAGACACGUCCAGUGAGAGUGGCCAGGACCGUGGUGGUUGAGGCUGGACUGGAGUAUGUAGUUAGAGGCAACAUCCGCCUUAAGGACCGCGUCAAGGGGGAAGUGUUGCUGAGCCCCACAAAGGGUUUCAUUGAGAAACAUAAAGUGUUAGUUGCUCGUGUCCUUGUUGAGGCCCAGUCUUCUAAAGGUGUGCCCCUCCGAAUCUUUAACCCUGGACAUACAGCCGUAACCAUCAGAAGGGGAGUUAUUGCAGGUUUCCUUCAGCCUGCGGAAGCCCUGGAACCGGCCGACACCACAGCCACGAUCAAACUGCUGGGACAGCCUACCGUUCCCCAGCACUUGCAAGAGCUAUAUGACCAGAGUGCAGCUGAGCUUGACCGUGAUGGACAGCUUCAGCUAGCCCAGCUGCUGUGCACUUAUGGCAGUGUGUUCUCUACCGGACCUGGUGACCUGGGCCGCACCAGUCUGGUGCAACAUGACAUCAUGACCCGGGCAGGAGCCGCUGUCAAGCAACCUCCACGUCGGAUGGCGCAAGGGAAGCAGCGAGACGCUGAUCAACAAGUGGAGCAGAGCCUUGAGGUUGGUUUGGCCCGUCGUAGUCAUAGCAGCUGGGCCUCACCCAUAGUGAUGGUUCGUAAAAAAGAUGGAACUUACCGCCUCUGCGUAGACUAUCGCGCCUUAAAUGACAGCACUAUCAAGGAUGCUUACCCAUUGCCCCGAAUCCAAGACACACUUGACACCCUCUCAACUGCUAAGUGGUUCAGUACCCUGGAUCUUGCCUCAGGCUACUGGCAAGUUGAACUGACCCCACGAGCCCGCCAUGCUGCAGCCUUCUGCACAAGGAAAGGGUUGUUUGAGUGGAAUGUGAUGCCGUUCGGAUUGUGUAACGCUCCGGCCACUUUUCAAAGGCUGAUGGACCGGGUGUUAGCUGGCCUUCAGUGGGAGACGUGCCUUGUGUAUUUGGAUGACAUUAUAGUGCUGGGUCGUGACGUGCCAGAGAUGCUGCAACGCCUUGGUCAGGUGUUUGAUAGGCUACACCAUGCCAACUUGAAAUUGAAGCCGGCCAAAUGCUGCCUUUUCCGCCGCCAGGUAGCCUAUCUGGGUCACAUUGUCUCGGAAGAAGGAGUGACCACAGACCCCAUGAAAAUACAGAAGGUGCAGGAGUGGCCGUCACCUACGUCCGUCCCGGAGGUCCGCCAGUUCAUCGGCCUGGCGUCGUACUAUCGGCGAUUUGUUCAAAACUUUGCAACAAUAGCAGAGCCCCUCCAUAACCUGACCAAGAAGUAUGCCCGGUUCCAGUGGACCUCCGAAUGUCAAGAAGCAUUCAAUAAACUUAAACAGCUGCUAACCACCACACCAGUCUUGGGCUACCCAUUGGAUGAGGGAAAUAUGAUACUGGACACCGAUGCUAGUGACACUGGUGUUGGUGCCGUCCUGUCCCAGCUUCAGCAAGGGAGGGAGCGUGUUCUGGCAUAUGGCAGUCGUAAAUUGUCAAAAACUGAACAGAAUUAUUGCACCACACGGAGGGAACUGCUAGCCGUGGUGGAGUUCACUUCACAUUUCCGACAGUACCUCCUGGGACGUCAUUUCACUGUGCGGACCGAUCAUAGCAGCCUUCGUUGGCUAACAAAAAUGAAGGAACCAGAAGGUCAACUUGCCAGGUGGCUGGAGAGGCUUGGAGAGUAUGAUUUUGAAAUAAUCCAUCGACCUGGUCGACUUCACAACAAUGCCGACAGCCUCUCUAGACAGCCUUGCCGGCAGUCCUGCCCUUGUAAACUCCCAGGCCUCGCCUCUCAGCCCAUAAAUGUUAGUCACCAAGCUGUACAGUGUGAUUUGGACUCUGUCAUCAGCAGGCAGAUACAGAGUCCAGUGGGGGUAGAAGGGCUACUAGCACCAACAGGGGCAUGUUCAGUGGGGGUAACUCAUGAAAUAAUUAAUGUGGCUAAAACCAACGAGCCUCCAUUUUUCUGUGGCUGGUCCCCAGAAGAACUACAUGAGACCUCCAGACAGGUUUGGUGAAUGGGUGGCUCCCUGAGUCCAUUAGGGUUAUGGACAGUUCCAACUUUAAGGUAGUUUAAAGUACCAUGUUAUAGAAUAGACAAGGAUUGUCAGAUAAUGUUCUGUGGACUGUUGAUGUUACAAAGUGAAGCCUAACUGUUACUUUAUGUAAGUGCUUUGAUGUUACUGUUAUUUUAUAUAAUUAUUUUGUAUUGAGAUAUUUCAUUUUGAGUUCCUAGAUGCUCCGGUCGCCUAGGUAUUGUAAAUGAUUAGUUACUGAUGUGGGUAGAAUGUCACUGCCUUGCCAAUGUUUAUAAUGCUCUACUCUAUGUGUUCCCCACGGGGCUACUUCUCUCAGUGUAAUAUUGUGCCAGUCGUUGUUGACACUUAAUGGACUAUCCAAGCCUGGAUGCCCACCUCCUUGAAUGGACUCUGUAUACUCACUAUAUACAUGUAAAUGAUGUGAUAUGAUAUGUUAGUACAUGCUAUUGUGCUGGAGUGUCAUUAAGUAAUUGCCAUCCAGAGUGGGGGUAGUGUUGUAAAAUUAGGGACUGGCCCUUUAAGCCGCAGGUUCGUAUGCGGAGUGGGAGGGGUAAGCGAGGAAGAGCGUGUGUGUGUGAGAGUUGUUGGAGUGGAUGAGAGAAAGACAGGUUACCGCGACCGGAGCCAUGUAAAUGACAUGUAUAUGGUUAUCAGUACUCAAAAUAAAUCCUCGAGUGAAUCCACUGUGCGGUUAUUAUCCAGCUGCUGUUACGAACUAAAGAGGGAGUUAACCCGAGUCCAUUUAGUGCCUCGGCCCUGGAGCAGCAAGUCUCCACUGAAAUCUCAGACUACGGUCUGAGACAGCAGGAAAGUUAACAACACCUUCGUCUGUCUCAAACAGUAAACACAAGCCAUCAUUUAAGCACACAAUGUUUCCACUACACACUGAUGGUAUGAAUACAAGACACAUCUGGCUUUUGCUUUCUCUGUGCCAAAGGUAGGCUACAGUAUGUCAGCCGUGGCCUACUGGUUAGGGCUUCGGGCUUGUAACCGGAGGGUUGCCGGUUGGAUCCCCGACCAGUCCACGGCUGAAGUGCCCUUGAGCAAGGCACCUAACCCCUCACUGCUCCCCGAGCGCCGCUGGUUGGGCAGGCAGCUCACUGCUCUGGGUUAGUGUGUGAUUCACCUCACUGUGUGCUGUGUGUGUUCACUAAUUCGGUUAAAUGGGUUAAAUGCAGAGAACUGAAUUUCCCUCAUGGGAUCAAAAAAGUAUAUAUUCUAUUCUAUUCUAUUCUAUUUCUUUCUUCAGCCUAUGUCUAUUAUCGUCUUACAGUUUAGGACUUUCUUUACAACAUGUUUUCUAACACUGAGUAUUAUUGUAUUUUAUAUACAGAGGUUGUUAAGACUGGUUGCUUUUAUACUUUUAGAGAGGUCAAUAUCUCACACUCACCAAGUGUGCAUACUUAUGCAUUGUAAUGAGUGAUAA